ACAGAUUUAUUCUGAGUACCUUCAGAUAAGACGACGGGCUUAUGUUUCAAAGUUUUUUCUUACAAGAAAAGAAAGUUAAAAGUUGAUAACUGGAUAUCUUGAUUUCAUUACAUACUCUAUAGAAUAAUUAAUUUUUAUUUGGAAUUGGUCCAUUUUAAUAGACGGAGGUGAAAUACAGAUGAGUUCUGAAACAGAUCUAGAUUUGGAAUCUUCAAUUCGUUUUAAUCAAAGUUUUCCAUUUGUUGAUGUUUAUACAACAGCUCCCAAUGACGGAAUUUUAUUUAUGAAAUUUUCUUGUCAAAAUGCUUUUGAGGACAUUCAGAGGAACGGUUCUUGCAAAAACCAGACAGAGGAAGUAUUACCGAUGGAUUUAGUGUUCACGGACGAAAACAUGGUUUCCAUUGUGGCUUACACGUGUAUGUUUAUUGUGGCGGCAUGCGGUAACCUUACGGUCUUCAUCACAUUGUUUAGGAAUCGUAACAUCAAAUCUCGUGUAAAUCAGUUCAUUUUUCACCUGUCCAUUGCUGAUCUGGUUGUUACAUUUAUCAUGCUCCCCCUGGAGAUAAUAUGGAACAUCACAGUAGCCUGGAAGGCGGGGGAUCUGGCCUGUAGGAUUCUUAUGUUUUUCCGAAUUCUUGGAUUGUACCUGUCGUCUUUCAUUCUUGUGACCAUAAGUUUAGAUAGAUAUUUUGCCAUUGUACAUCCGCUGAGUUUAAACGACGCAGAUAAGAGGGGACCGAUCAUGCUUAUUUUGGCGUGGUGUUUUAGUAUUGUAGCCAGCAUCCCACAGAGUGUCAUAUUCCACGUAGAGACUCAUCCCAAACACAAGACGUUUACACAAUGCGUGACGUUUAACUUUUUCCCGUCAGAUAAUCACGAGCUGGCCUAUAAUCUGUUUAACCUGAUCACUCUGUACGCCUUGCCGUUACUCAUCAUUACCACGUCCUACUCUCUCAUUCUCUGGGAAAUUUCUAAAAAGACUAAACAGUGCAAAGAAGAGACAAAGUGCCUUUCAACUCGCUCGCGCCUGCGCCGCUCUUCGGUUGGGAACAUGGAGAGAGCCCGGAUACGAACCUUGAAAAUGACUCUCGUCAUAGUCAGUGUAUUUGUGAUUUGCUGGACACCAUACUUCGUCCUCUCGACUUGGUGGUGGUUCGACAGGGAGUCUGCAAGUCAAUUGGAUCCCAAAGUUCAGAGAGGCCUUUUCUUGUUUGCCGUGUCCAAUUCCUGCAUGGAUCCUAUUGUAUAUGGUAUGUUUACCAUUAACUUCAAAAGGGAGUUUGUUCGAUGCUGUUGUUGCCUGAAAUCUACCUGGAAACGUCACAAGCUUCAGCGACUUACCGGAAAAUUUCAGACGUCCACAGGGGUACAGCGGGGUCCUAUCUCCCACACAUUGUCCAACAACUCUAACCGUUCCCUCCAGGGUACCAACGUCGUCAAGUUCUUUGAUGAUCCUGCCGGAUGCAGGAAUAACGGAAGCUCUAACGUGUCACGUGACUUAAAACUGACAAACAGUGUAAGCAACCGAGCCAAUGUGAAUAACUUUAUGACAGUUAACCUUCCCAUCAUGCAGCAGAUAGUUACAAACGACGAACAGUAAAAGCACUGUGACGAAGCGUGCAUUUCAUGUUCAA